AUGUCCAACGUUCCUUCGAGCAGCAUCUCUGGUCUUCUAUUGUCCAAGCAGCUCCGUGAUCUGCAGCGUACACCCGUCGAAGGCUUCAGCGCCGGCUUGGUCAGCGAAAUCAACAUCUUCGCGUGGGAGGUUCUGGUUAUGGGUCCUCCGGACUCCCCAUACGAGGGGGGCACGUUCAAGGCACUUCUCAACUUCCCCCAGGAAUAUCCUACGCGCCCGCCCAAGAUGCGCUUCGUGUCCGAGAUGUGGCACCCUAAUAUUGGUCCCGAUGGGCACGUGUGCAUCUCGAUUCUGCAUGAGCCGGGAAAUGAUUCGUUUGGUUAUGAGGCUGCCGCUGAAAGGUGGCUUCCGGUCCACACCGUCGAGACGAUUCUCCUGUCGGUCAUUUCCAUGCUGACCGACCCGAACUUUGAGUCGCCAGCCAACAUUGACGCCGCGAAGAUGUACAGGCAGGACCCGGCUGAAUACAAGAAACGCGUCGCCCGCUGCGUUCGCUUGAGCCAGGAGGCGUUCUUCGAA